AUGGAGUCCACUCUCUCACCGGUUGAAACCCUACCUGAAGGAGGGCAAAAUGUCGUCGACACACAACCAGAGCCUCAAAAGACAAGUCCCGGUAUAAGAUUCUGGCUCGCAUUCUGGGCAAUCGCCUUCACAAACCUCGCAGCCUCCUUCGAUGCAACCACACUAUCUGUAGCCCUGCCAGAAAUAUCUCUACAUUGGAUAAUCGCCGCCGAUUUGGGCGGGUCAACGACCGAAGCCUUCUGGGCCGGAACCUCCUAUCUGCUCGCCUCUACCAUCUUGAUGUUAAUCUGGGUAACGCUCAGCGAUGCAUUCGGUCGCCGUCCAAUCAUGUUCAUCGCGCUGCUCGUAUUCGCCGUGGGAGCCAUAGUCUGUGCCGUUUCACAUGAAUGGCCGACUAUGCUUGCUGGUCGGACAAUCCAAGGUCUCGGUGGUGGAGGUCUCAUUGCCUUGACGACUGUCUUGGUCACGGAUUUGGCCCCAUUACGGGACCGAGGUCGCUUCUACGCGCUGGUCAGUGUAGUCUGGGCGUUAGGUAGUGCCACGGGACCAAUAACUGGAGGUACUCUGGCUCAAUCAGGGUCGUGGCGCUAUAUUUUUUGGAUCAAUCUACCAAUUAUUGCCGUUGGCGCUAUCGGAAUUGGCCUUUUCUUACGGCUGGCUCAUCACCGCCGCACACUCUCUGAAAAACUACGCCUGUUUGACUAUCCGGGGUCAUUCUUGUUUAUUGCUUCUAUAACUGCCUUUUUGAUACCUAUCACUUGGGGUGGUGUUCAAUAUGCCUGGUCCAGCUGGCAUACCCUUGUGCCAUUGGUCUUCGGUGCUGUAGGACUAAUCGGCUCCGUGCUCUAUGAGGCUUUGAUUGCACGGUCAGCAGUCGUCACCAAGAGGCCCCUUCUCAUUCCGCCUGAGGUCCUGCCUAAUUGGACAGUGGGCAUCCUCUAUGCGGGCAGUACAUUUCACGGCCUCGUCCUCUACAGCUUGGUCUACUAUAUGCCUGAAUACUUCCAGUCAGUUAAGGGAUACAUCCCUGUAAUUGCUGGUGUAGCUGCACUCCCGCAGACGGUGACUGUCGUGCCCUGUGCUAUUCUGGCAGUCUGGGUAGGCUGGCUCCUAACCUGCUUCGGGGUUGGCCUGCUCAUUCUGCUGAAGUCCAACACCUCUGUGGGGGAGUGGAUUUUCCUGGAGGCUGUCUCGGGUCUGGGAAUUGGAUUGCUCUUUCCAUCUAUUGCCCUCGCGGUUCAAUCCUCUGUGCCGCAGCGGGAAGUUAGCAUGGCCGCCACGCUAGUCUUAUUCUUCAGGUCAAUGGGGCAGGCGAUUGGCGUGGCGAUCGGAGGUGCUAUCCUCGACAACCAGCUCCAAAAUCACCUCUCUGCUGCGGCUCUGAGGGGGGCCGCCGAUCAAUCACAGGGACAAUCGUUGAAUGCAGUUACACUGGUAGAAAUGUUGAAGCAACUACCGGCCAACUCUUCUGAGGCAUUCAAUGUCCGGCGGGCUCUGGUGGAAUCAUUUCAGGUUAUUUGGGUGGUAAUGUGUGGCUUUGCGGGGCUUAAUUUAAUUCUGAACAUCUUCAUCAAGGAAUUUGACAUGAAUCAGAGUCAUGAAACAGAGCAGGGUUUCAUGCACCAGGCACAUGAAAACAACCACAGUGUCGAAACGGAUCACAAUUGA